AUGCACCUCCGGCUGCGCGGGGCCGGCUUCCCUGCUCGUUCGCUGCCGCGGCAGCCCUGGCCCUGGGAGCGCGAGCCGCGCGCUGCCUUGCGCCUCCAGGGGAGCCGGGCGGGCGGCCAGGCCUCGCUACCCUCUCCUGGGGCCCCAGCGGGCGCGGAGGAGCGGCCAGAGGCGUCUGGGCUGUGGGUGCUGCGGGCGCGGCGGCUGCGCCCGCGGGCUGUGCGGCCUCGGACCCGUUGGGGCCUGAAGUCUGAAGUGAUGGCUGAAGGGGAUGCUAAGGGAGAUAAAGCCAAGGUGAAGGAUGAACCUCAGAGGAGAUCAGCAAGGUUGUCUGCUAAACCUGCUCCUGCAAAACCAGAGCCCAAGCCGAAAAAGGCCCCUGCAAAGAAGGGAGAGAAGGUACCUAAAGGGAAAAAGGGGAAAGCUGAUGCUGGCAAGGACGGGAACAACCCUGCGGAAAAUGGAGACGCCAAAACAGACCAGGCACAGAGAGCUGAAGGUGCUGGAGAUGCCAAGUGAAGUGUGUGCAUUUUUGAUAACUGUGUACUUCUGGUGAGUGUACAGUUUGAAAUACUAUUUUUUAUCAAGUUUUAUAAAAAUGCGGAAUUUUGUUUUACU